UUGUCUAAACAUAUCUAUCUAUCUAUCUAUCUAUCUAUCUAUCUAUCUAUCUAUCUGAAUCAGUUCGUAUGUAUGAUUUUAUGUCUCUUUUCCCAUCUAUUUCUCUAUCUCAUAAUUUUCAUAUCUAUCUAUCUAUCUAUCUAUCUAUCUAUCUAUCUAUCUAUCUAUCUAUCUCAGUCUCUUCAUUAUUAUCUAUCUCAGUCUCUUCAUUAUCUAUCUAUCUAUCUAUCUAUCUAUCUAUCUAUCUAUCCCAGUCUCUUCAUUAUCUAUCUAUCUAUCUAUCUAUCUAUCUAUCUAUCUAUCUGCACUUGUGUCCAUCUUUGGCUCGUUUCGUUUGUGUUCAGAUCUCUACUGAGAUAUUUGAAAGUUUUAUUCCGGUGUCUGCUGGCGAUAUUGAAACUCAAUUUGUCGUCACGAUUUUCGAUGAUUUUUCACUUGCAGACAAAAACGCGAUGCAGAAUUAUUCUUCCAGAUGUCGUCUCCAUCACCAGCUCGCCAUGCAAUCAGCGCAUUCGACGCCCUACCCUACACACGUUGAAGCGCCCUACCCUACACACCUUGAAGCGCCCUACCCUACGCGCCUUGGCGCGCCCUACCCUACACACCUUGAAGUGCCCUACCCUACGCGCCUUGAAGCGCCCUACCCUACACACCUUGAAGCGCCCUACUCUACGCGCCUUGAAGCGCCCUACCCUACGCGCCUUGAAGUGCCCUACCCUACGCGCCGUGGCACCCUACCAUACACAGCUUGAAGUGCCCUACCCUACGCGCCUUGAACGCCCUAACCUACGCGCCUUGAAGCGCCCUACCCUACGCGCCUUGAAGCGCCCUACCCCACGCACCUUGAAGCGCCCUGCUCUACGCACCUUAAAGCGCCCUACCCUACGCGCCUUGGCGCCCUACCCUACACACCUUGAAGCGCCCUACCCUACGCGCCUUGAAGCGCCCUACCCUACGCACCUUGAAGCGCCCUACUCUACGCGCCUUGAAGCGUCCUACCCUACACAUCCUGAAGCACCCUACUCUACGCGCCUUGAAGCGACCUACCCUACACACCCUAAAGCGCCCUACCCUACGCGCCUUGGCGCCCUACCCUACACACCUUGA